AUUUACAUCACUCUUAGCGUUUCAAAAUUAAUUAAACACAAAUGGCUUCCCUCCAUUGUCAACUGCCUAGUGCUACGAGUCUCGACCCUAGGUUGAUCAGAUCUUUAGAAAAGGGACUGGACGAGUGGAGGAGAAUAAUACAGGACCCUAAAUCUCAAGAAAAGAAAAGUUGGACUCAGUUCGCUGGAGGCUCAUGUGGUUGUUCAUACAACUUGUUGAACAAUAAUGGGUAUCAGGAUUAUUAUUCAUACUAUACUGAAUAUGAUGAAGAUUGCUUUCCAAGAGUGAAUGGUGCAAGGAAUAAUGUGUUUGUCAGUAUGGCAAAAACACAAGAAGGGUCAUUGGAACUUCAAAAUCUGGUUAAGUAUGGAACUCCAAUGGAUAGGCAAGAAGUUCUUGAUGGGAUCCUUAGAGGGAUUUUUGAGGUGAUAAUAGACCAAUAUGGCCAUGUUCUCAUCCAUAGACUACUUGAUUUUUGUGAUUCCAAGCAGCUGGAGACCAUCUUUUUCAAUCUCAUAUCAAACAAGGAGCAAUUUAUCAACACUUCUCUUGUGAAAUACGGGUCAAGUGCACUACAACACUUUAUCAAGAGACUAAAAAAGACUGGGUUGGGACAGUUUAUUACGAUCAUUCUAUCCGUGAGAUUUGUGGAGCUAAUGACAAGCCAGUUUGGUAGAUAUGUUGUUCAAGAGUGCUUUUACACCUUCAAGGCUGAAGAAAAUAAGGUCCUAUACAACUGUGCAAUCCAUUACUUCAAAGAGGUGGCUACAACAAUAUAUGGAUGUUAUUCUUUGAAUGUUUGCCUCGGUUGUAUUGGUGGUGACCAGAGACUUCAAUUACUUGAAAACGUUGCAGAGAAAUCACAAUUUUUAGCUAAUGAUCCUUAUGGGAAUCAAGUUGUACAAGAAGCGUUGAUGCUUAAAAAUGAAGAGAUUACGCAGAAAAUAUGUGAUCGCCUCAAGAGGAGUUACAUUCAUCUGGCUCUUAAAAAGAGUGGGCAUAAUGUUGUUGAGAAAUGCAUUCAAACAUCGCACUAUGGAUUGAAGUCGGUGGUUGAGUGUAUCUUGAGCAGCGAAAAGACUUUUUUGCUUCUAGCCUGUGAUCGCUUUGGGAAUCAAGUCAUCCAAACAGCUAUUAAGAUUGCAAAGAUAGAUAAUAUCGAGCUUUAUCAAUCUCUUCUUGCGGUCCUCAAAGCACAAUGUUUGACUCUUUCUCAUCACACAUUUGGGAAGUACCUAUACCGUCAUGUAGAAGAUUUAGACACCAACAUGGGAGAAGAUUAAUCUGAUUUUGACAUCUUUGUAUUGUUUGAAAUACGAGCCCCAAGACCCCUAUUUGCA